AUGUCGCGUCCUGCGCCCACUUCAAAUGCACUUUGUUCCAAUGCCCAGGACCCAACCCUCAAUGACCUCGAAAAGCAAAAUGACCUACAAAAGCCAGAUUCCCCAGCACAAACCUCCGUCAUCAAGGGACUGGGCUGGCUAGACAGGUUUCUGGCUCUCUGGAUCUUUCUUGCAAUGGCAGUUGGAAUCCUACUCGGAAACUUUGUGGAACAAACGGGUCCGGCAUUGCAAAAGGGGAAGUUUGUUGGAGUGUCAAUUCCAAUCGCGAUUGGUCUACUGGUGAUGAUGUAUCCCAUUCUGUGCAAGGUUCGAUUCGAGUCAUUGCAUCAUGCUUUCAAGCAACGCGCAAUCUGGGUCCAGAUUGGGUUCAGUAUAUUUGUCAAUUGGAUCAUCGCUCCGUUUCUGAUGCUCGGACUUGCCUGGGCAUUCCUACCAGAUGAGCCAGAGUUACGAGAAGGCUUGAUUCUCGUCGGACUGGCUAGAUGCAUCGCAAUGGUCCUCAUCUGGACGGGGCUCGCCGGCGGCGACAACGAGUACUGCGCCAUUCUCGUCGCAAUCAACUCCCUCUUGCAAAUGGUCCUCUUCGCACCUCUCGCAAUCCUCUUCAUCAACAUCAUCAGCCCCGCAACAAGCGCCAAUAUAACAUUCUCCUACAGCACCGCCGCCCAGAGUGUCGCCGUCUUCCUCGGCAUCCCCCUCGGCGCCGCGCUCCUCACCCGCUUCACCCUCCGCACCCUGACUAGCCCUCGAUGGUACGACCAGGUCUUCAUCAAGAUCAUCAGCCCGUUCUCACUGAUCGGGUUACUCUUCACGAUCCUGGUAUUGUUCGCGUCGCAGGGCCGUCAGGUUGUGCAUCAGAUUGUUUCCGUGGUGCGUGUGGCUGCGCCCUUGAUCGUUUACUUCGUGGUGAUUUUCUUUGCGACGCUGUUUGUGGCGAGAAAAUUUGGAUUCGGCUAUGAGUUGGCGGCUACGCAGAGCUUUACGGCCGCGAGUAAUAAUUUCGAGUUGGCGAUUGCGGUGGCGGUUGCGACGUUUGGGGCGGAGAGUAAUCAGGCGUUGGCUGCGACGGUGGGACCGCUGAUUGAGGUGCCUGUUUUGUUGGGGCUUGUUUAUGUUGCGAAAGUCAUUGGGAGGCGGGCUGGUUGGGAGAAAUAG